UUCCCACCUAUUUUUUGUGCACCAAUUAAUUCGUGAGCGUUUGAGAAACUCUGCAAUAAGUUGACGAUGGAAGGAUUGGAAGAAGCGAGAAUAGAUAUUCCCCAGUCCCUGGUACUCGCCAGGCAUAUACAACGCCCCUCAAGCGAUGAGCUGACGGCUGCGGAUAAGAAGUUCACGUUCUUCCGCGUCCCGGCCCUCAUCCGGGAGCGCAACAAGGAGCUGUACGAGCCCCGAAUGGUCGCCAUCGGCCCCUACGGUCGCCGUGACGAGCCCUCCCUUCGGGAGACGGAGUGGCUUAAACAACGUUACCUCCAGUCAUUCCGCUCUCGCAGCGGCGACAGCCGCAACAAUUACUACAAAGCCAAGAUCAGGGAGUUGGAGCCAAAGGCGCGGCGGUGCUACUUCGAACCUGUCAAGCUCAACGCCAAGAAGUUCGUGGAGAUCCUGCUUCUCGACGGGUGCUUCAUCCUAGAGUUCCUCAUCAAGUGGUACCAAGGGAACAAGGACGGCUUGUUCGCUGCGGAUUGGAGCUUGCCGCUCAUUCGCGACGAUUUGCUCUUGCUCGAGAACCAAAUCCCCCUCUUCGUGCUCGACGAGUUGUUCGAACUCGUCACGCCCACCUUGGACAGCGAGAUACCUUCAACUCUGAUGGAGCUUCUUGUAAAGUUCCUCGAGAGCAUAAACCUCGAGAGCCCCGAGGAAGAUAUAGAGAGCACAGAGGAGGAAGUGCAAGGCAAUCACGACCGCCGCCUUCGUGUGCCCCGCGAAGCCAAAGAUUUUGGUCACUUGUUGCAUCUCUACUACCACUGCUAUGUCACGAAACCACAAACUAACCCGACGGGCAGGACCAUCGGCGGUACUAUUCUCAAAUGGUUAUGGCCGUGUAGGAUCUUCGCCUUGCUCCCCUCUUGUAUCACCUUGCUGCUCUCUUGUAUCCGAUUGAAGAAUUGCAGGUCACAAGAGCCGGCUAAGAAAAGAUUUCCGAGGACGAUUCCAUCCGCUACAGAGCUCGUGGAGGCCGGAGUGAGAAUUAAGAAGAAGACGAAGAAGAACGAGAAGAAGAACGAGAAGAAGAAGGAGGAGGAGAAGAAGAAGGAGAAGAAGAAGGAGGAGGAGGAGAAUCAGAAUCAUAAUCAGAAUCAGAAUCAGAGACGUCUUAGUGCCUUCCUAGAUGUAGCAUUUCACAAUGGCGUGCUCGAGAUCCCUUUCCUUUCUGUGGAGCCCUCCACCCUACCUCGGUUCUCGAACCUCGUGGCCUUCGAGCAGUGCAGCAGGUGCAAGCCGAAGGAGGCUUACAUGACGAGCUACGCGGUGUUCAUGGACUGCCUCAUCAACACGCGGGAAGAUGUGGCGAUACUCCACAAGCUCGGAAUCCUGGAGAACAAUCUGGCGAGCGACGAGGACCUGGCGGCCUUCUUCAACCAGCUCGCCGACUGCGCCACCCUGGAUCCCGAGAACCACUACCUCGUCGAACUGUUCCGGGGCGUGAGGAAGUACUGCAGUUCGCCUUGGCCCUCGUGGAGGGCGAAGCUGGUGAGGGACUAUUUCAGCAAUCCAUGGGCCAUCCUUUCCUUGUUCGCAGCAGCUGUCCUUCUUAUUCUCACCAUCCUCCAAACUGUCUACACUAUCUACCCUUACUAUCAUCCUGGGAAUUAGUUGUGUCCAAUUCAGCUUAAGUCACUCCGAGCAGACACUGGAUGCCUACAAAUUGGUGUGAGGUCCUCACACUAACCCGCAGUGUUAAGCAAUAGUAGCAUAUAUAGAGAGUUCAGAGUAUGGAGAGAUUUAGUGGAGGGUUGGUGUGCCAGUCACUUGCAACUUCAGGUGUGUAUGUGUGUGUGCCGGUCUAUCAUAAAAUAAUGUGGGCAUGAGUGUGUGCGGGUCUACUAUAAAAUAAUUGUUGUAUGUGAUCGAGGUAAUAUUGUAUAAGUGUUCUUAAUUUGUAAGGUAAUAAAAGCGUUAAUUUCGUA